AUGCUCUCCAAUCUAAAACCUAAACCUCCGCGGACUGACCGAAAUUCCUCAUCAAUCGGUUUUUUCCUCCUUGGCCGAAAUCCCUUCAACCAGUUCCCCGGACUGAACCCAAUGCUUGCCGUCUGUUUCUUUUCCCAGAGGGUGAUGAUGGUUGACGGAAUUGAAGGCGCGUGUACGGCGCGCCUGCGGCACUUGCUUAGGGAUGACCAACGCGCCGGAAACAAUGCUUCAUUUCCCUGGCCUGAUUCCAAUCCCAUUCCGAAUCGGGCCUCGAUUCCACUCAAUAAUAGUGUUGCCGCUGCAACAGGCGCGUCGCUGUCGAAUCCCUACGGGAUUUCCUCGACGUCAUCUGCUUCGACUACAAGAAUGGAUUCGUCCAUAGACGAGAAGAGCUCUCGCCGCUGGCCGAGAGCCACAAUGCCGUUGUGA